AUGGCUGACGGGACAGAGACCAAAGAAACACCCUACGUUGACGGAUUUGUCAAGGACGGGUUUGAGAAAGUCAGAGAUGUGUUCAGGGCCAAUUUGGAGAAUGGUUCUGAUGAAGGGAGUUCCGUAGCGGUUUACUAUGAAGGAGAGUUGGUCGUGAAUCUAUGGGGAGGCUGGGUGGAGAAGGAGGCUGGAAUGAAAUGGCGAGAGGACACCAUGCCGUGUUUCUACUCCUCAACAAAAAGUCCUUCAGCCCUUGUGAUAGCUCACCUUGUCGACAGAGGUCUCCUCGACUACAAUGAAAAAAUAGCAAAGUACUGGCCCGAGUUUGCACAGAACGGCAAAGAGAACAUUACUCUUGAAACGUACAUCUCUAACAAGGCUGGACUUAGUGGGAACGAAGAACCAUUACCAUUAAGACUCAUGUUAGAUGACCCUAAAAAAUUUGGAGACAUUUUAGCAAAACAAAGGCCACUGUGGGAACCAGGAACUAAACAUGGCUACCAUCCUUUAACAUUUGCCUUGUACCUGGACCAAAUUGUACGGAGGGUGGAUCCGGAGGGCCGAAGUCUCUCUCAGUAUUUCCAUGACGAGAUGGCCAAACCGUUCGAUAUUGAGUUCUAUAUAGGCCUACCAAAGGAGCUUUACUACAGAGCCCCGCGUACUUCCAUGAUGGCAAUUUUCAAUGUCGAGGAGAUCAUGAAGCAAAUACAGGGCGAACCAGAAAUAAUGAAUAUCGUCAAUGCAACCUUCACUGAUAUGCAAAGUAUGAACAAUCCAUACAUAAGAGAAAUCCCUGCGGGGUCAGCCCUGGGGCACGGGACUGCAGCCUCCCUCGCUAAAUUCCAUGGGAUAUUAGCUAACGGAGGAGUUCACAAUGGCAAGACGCUCCUGUCCGAGAAAGCUAUCCAACGACAGCUUGUCCUAAAGUCCUACGGCAAAGAGGUGGUAUAUGGAUUGGACUUAAUGUUCAGUCUAGGAACCAUGGUAAUUGCCUCGGUAGAUGAUGACAAGCCACCCGAAUUUUCCUUUGGACAUGGUGGAUUAGGAGGUCAGAUGGUCAUUGCAGAUCCUACGCACAAAAUUGGCUUUGCAUACGCGACCAAUCACUUGAAUUUGGACAUGAUCAAGGAGAAACGUUGGAAGGAUCUGUAUGACGCGCUGUACGAGUGUGUUUAUAAAAUAAAAAACAUACCAGCCAAACGGACGCUCUUGGAAAAUUACGACAAACUCAAAGAGCAUCAAAAAGCAUAGUGUAUGUCGCACUCUUG